CCAUAUCCUCUGCUUUAGCUCCUCUCUGAAAUGCUCCGGGCGCCGGCCGUGCUGUGCGUGUGCGCGGCCGCCUGGUGCGCGCAGGCUCUGGCGGCGGCCGCGGGCCGGCCGGACGGCGGCAAUUUUCUGGACGACAAACAAUGGCUCAGCACGGUGUCCCAGUACGACCGGGAGGCCGGACAGUGGAACCGAUUCCGAGACGAUGAUUAUUUCCGCACUUGGAGUCCAGGAAAGGCCUUCGAUGGGGCUCUAGACCCAACUAAAGACCCGUGCUUAAGGCUGAAAUGUAGUCGCCAUGAAGUGUGCAUUAUUCAAGGUUCUCAGACCGCAGUCUGCGUUGGUCAGCGGAGGCUCACGCACAGCAUGAAAGGUGCAGGAGCUGGGCGGAAGCAGUGGAGGGGCCCCCCGACAUCCACCUGCCAGCCGUGCUCGGGGGUCUCUACCAGCCCCGUCUGCGGUUCAGAUGGACACGCCUACUCUUCUCAGUGCAAACUACAAUACCAGGCCUGCAUCUUAGGAAAACAGAUCUCAGUCAAGUGUGAAGGGCAUUGCCCGUGUCCUUCAGAUACGACCACGGGCUCAAGCAGGAGUAAGAAGAGAGCCUGCAGUGACCUGGAGCUCAGGGAGAUGGCCAGCAGACUGCGGGACUGGUUCAAGGCCCUGCAUGAGAGUGGAGGCCAGAACAAGAAGACGAAAGCAUCGCUGCGGCCGGAGAGAAGCAGAUUUGAUACCAGUAUUUUGCCAAUUUGCAAGGAUUCACUUGGCUGGAUGUUUAACAGACUUGAUACAAACUACGACCUGCUCCUGGACCAGUCGGAGCUUGGGAGCAUUUACCUGGACAAGAACGAGCGGUGCGCGGAGGCCUUCUUCAGCUCCUGUGACACAUACAAGGACAGCUCCAUCUCCAACAACGAGUGGUGCUACUGCUUUCAGAGGCAACAAGACCCACCUUGCCAGACGGAGCUUGGCAGUAUUCAGAAGCGGCUCGGGGUGAAGAAGCUCCUUGGACAGUACGUCCCCCAGUGUGACGCAGAUGGUUACUACAAGCCGACGCAGUGCCACGGCAGCGCUGGGCAGUGCUGGUGUGUGGACCGAUACGGAAGGGAAGUCGUGGGGUCCAGGAGGCGUGGUGCAGCGGACUGUGCUAUUGAUUUUGAGAUCUCUGGAGAUUUUGCAAGUGGAGAUUUCCGUGAGUGGGCUGCUGAUGACGAUGAAGAUGACAUUAUGAACGAUGAAGAUGAAAUUGAAGAUGAUGAUGAGGAUGAAGGGGAUGAUGAUGAUGGUGGUGACCAGGAUGGAUACAUCUGA